CGGGCGCGCAGGCACAAGUCUGGGCGAGGCGGCCCCGGCGAGUUCCGGGCUCUCGAGAGCAACGUCAGCUUCAUGGAGGGCGGCGGGGGCGCCUAUGGAGCCGAGAAGGCUGGCGGCACCUUUGACCCGUGGCGCUUCUUGCAGCAGCCGCAGGUGGUGGUGCGCGUUCUUAGCGCGGUGUUUGCGCUCAUAGUUUUCUCCUGCAUCAUUGGGGAAGGCUACAUCAAUCCUCAUUCAUCAACAACUCUCUAUUGCAUCUUUAACCACAGUGAGGAUGCCUGUCGUUACGGCAUCGGAGUUGGUGUACUCGCCUUCCUGGCCUGUGUAUUCUUCUUCAUGGUUGAUGCCUACUUCCCGCAGAUUAGCAGUGCCACUGAUCGCAAGUACCUUGUUAUCGCUGACUUGGUCUUCUCAGCUCUCUGGACCUUUCUGUGGUUCAUCGGAUUCUGUGUGCUGACAAACCAGUGGGCAUCAACAAAACCUGAAGAUGUUCCAUUGGGAGCUGAUUCUGCUCGUGCUUCAAUUGCCUUCAGUUUCUUCUCCAUUUUUUCAUGGGGGACCCUGAUCACUUUUGCACUUCAACGCUACCGCAUGGGUGUGCAAGAUUUUGCCCACAGUUACGUUGACCCAGCUCCAGGCCCUGCAACCCCCUACUCCAGCUAUCCAGAUGUCAAUCAUGAAAGCUACCAGCAGCCACCCUUCACUAACAUGAGAGAGGACUCAGAAGGCUACCAGCCUCCACCCGUGUAUUGAUUGCUUAUUACCAUGGUCAGAGCAGCUAGCAGGGACAGCCGCAUCAGUGCAGUUUAUUCACUGCUUGGUUGGGGGAAGGGCAUCCGCUGUUAUAAAAAGGCAAGGGUGCCACGACUUUACGUGCAUGUGUGUGAGAGGUUCUGAGAUAUUCCUGUUUUUUUGUCCUUUCUGAAAGUGGCUUCUCUUAAAGAACAUGCUGCAUGUUCCUUUCAGGUAUGGGCAGCAUCCUUUCGGCCUGUGCGUGGAUUGUAAGGCAUAAUUGCUGAAUCGGUGCAGUGGAAUCUUCUCUCAAGAGUUGGCUACUGGACUUUCUUUUGCUGUCGCCAACUUAUGAGCUGGGUGAUAGUAUUUUAAAAAUGUGUCCAGCAGCAAGUAGAGGUCCACGUACCAUGCCUUUGUUUCCUAGGGAGACCCUUAAUGUUGCUCGUCAACAUUUCCCCAAAAGUGCCAUUAAGCCACUGCCUACGUAGCCUUUAUUGUUACUGUAUUUCCAGCUCUUGUGUAGGAUUCAGCUCCCAUGGCUCCUGUGGUGCUGCUUUUCUAGAUUGCCUUCCUAGUUCUGCUUUUCAGCACCGCUGGAUGAACUUGAUACCAAAGCCUCGGUCUGCUGGGCCUUUUGGGUUCUGCAAAACCGUUUGCGUAUAAAGGUUUGGAUUUAACUACUGCACUAUGAAGAAUAGAUGUUGACUGCUGUAUAUUUUGCCUAUUCAAUCCUGUUUCAAAAGAGAACAAGCUCCUCUCUGGAUUAGGGUAUUCGGAUAGGGAGCCGCAGCUACUGAUGCGGCUAAGCAAAUUUAUUAUGAGAAGAUAAAAAGUUAUUCCUACUUUGGGACUGAAAAACAACUUCAAGCUUUCAAUGCCAACCUCUCCUGGAUAGAUUUAUAACAAGACUUGCAGGGAAACUUGCAGACUCCUUGCUCUAUCCCUGCGAGCAGGUUGUGUCUAGUUAUUUCCCACCCAUGCUUGGCAGAGAAAAAUUGCUUGCAAGUGGCAGUAAGCCCCACAGUGGGAAGUUGGGAGAGGGUUCAGAAGUGUUGAGCACAAUGGAAAUAAAUCUGGUCACUUACACUGUU